CAGGGCGCUGUCUGUAUAUCUUUUAUUCAGAUCCAAGGUUGUUCCGUCUUUCUUUCCUUGCCUCUCCAUUUCUCACUCUUCUUGAAUAGAAACUCAGCAUUAUGACCAACAUCUCUACUCGCAAGUCCUUUCUAAGAGUACCUGCUCCCACAAAGGCGAACGCUCAUCCUAUUCCUCCUUUCGGCUACCUACUGAUCGCCCUAGUAGCCAUUCAGUGGUUCCGUGCCACGUCCUUACCAGUCAAACUUCAGAGUGUAGGUGGAGCAGCAGCUUUCAGUGUCACAGAAUAUUUGUUCCAUAUGAUGACAGUCCAAUUGCCUGAUGGCACGGUUUGUAUUAAGCCAUUUUCACGUCCUGGAAGCACUACUGUGCACCAAUUCAUCAUGAAUAUCUUUUAUAUCCCAAUCUUCAUUAAUGCCUACCAUGCACUGACUGGCUCAAUGCUUCAGCGUAUUUUGUUUACCCCAAUCAACGUCUGGGCUCUGGAACUCAUUCAAGGAAACACUAUGAUCUAUUUGAUCGGAUACAAUCCUGCAUGGUCCUAUCAAGGAUAUGAUGCCUUCUGCCAUGGCACGAUCAAACUGUGGUUUGUCCAUUACUGGCUGGCCAUGGGAGUUUUGUAUGAACUGGUCGUCUUGCGAUACUUGAUUCCCUUCUCCCACACAAUUGUUGGAUACGUUUCAUAGAUCUAAAGCUUAGACACAGAUUUGCUUGUGAGACAGAUUUUUGUAUCAUGAAUUAAAAAUUGGAUUCAAACGUGGC